GAUUAAAACAGGUCCUUGUUGUGGGGACAUACCUCCUGAGCAUCGUGAGCAUUCCGGGAUCUCAGUCGGCGCCUACGAAUCGAGCUGCAGCGAUGGAAGAGGAACGUCUGAGUUCGAAACCCAAGUGGAUCAACCCUUGCGGAAUACGCCGGGAUCAGGAUGAGCAGGACACCUACACUGAGGUGCCUCAAGUCUCGGAGAAAGACUUGUUAACGCAGAUCAUCGCUCAAGCUAACAUCGCCCUCACGAACGCGAAGCAGUUUCAGAAUGAAUUCGCCCUGAAAACGUUCAAUUCGGAUCCGGAAAGUUUGCAUACUCAGUGGCAGGCUAACCAUUACGAUUGGCUUCCACUCACGAUGAUGGAUUCAGAGCAAAUUCCUGAACUUAAUAUGAAGAACAGUUUGAUCGACAUCUACGAGCAUCUGCAGAAGUUCGCCGUCGGAUUGGAGCAGAUCGUGUGGGACCAGGAGGACAACCGCGGUGCCUUCCUGAAGAACUUCACCGACACCGAAUACAAUCUACGAUCGUUGCUCUGCGAAAUCCAGAUGGCCAUCAUCGAGCUGGGUCUGUCGCAGAAGCCGGACAUCACCAGGGAUUUGAUGGGUCCGGAUUUCCGCAGCAUCACCGACGCCACCGAGCGCAACCUGCGCGAUUGGCUCAUCUACAGAGAUUACAUGUCCGCCCUCGACUACACCGUGAAAGCGUUCGGCAACAUCUACGCGACGUUCUGAUCUGAGUUGCAGAUCUACGUUAACAUCCUCGCCUUGUCGUAUCCGAGAGGAGAGGUAAAUGAAGAUUUGGAUGACGAUGAAGAAAAGUUGAUGAUGAUGACGAUGAUGAGAAACGACGACCGGAUUAUCAGAUUUGGGAAAUCGACGAAGGCGUCGUUCGCAAGCAACAAAAGCCCCCCUUUUACUCUUGUAAAACUUGUUUUUUUAAAAUUUUAUUUCCCCGUCUUCUAAUUAAUUAACUCUUAGAUGUAAUUAUUUAUUAUUC